UAGCUUCAACUUAUCAUUUCCUAAUUAUUCAUAAACCUAGAAAACAUAUAAAUCCGAUAAAAUGGAGAAAACUACGAGCCAUCUCCUUUUCCCUAGACCUCCAAAUCGCGGUAAGCUCAUAACAAUCCUAAGUAUCGAUGGAGGAGGGAUUAGGGGUAUAAUCCCCGCGGUCAUGCUUGAUUUCCUUGAAUCUGAACUCCAGAAAUUAGAUGGUAAGGAAGCAAGAUUGGCAGAUUAUUUUGAUGUUAUUUCUGGAACAAGCACCGGUGGCCUCAUAACGGCCAUGUUAACUGCACCUAAUGAGAAAAAUCGGCCUCUCUACGAUGCUAAGGAUAUAGUUCCUUUUUACCUUGAACAUUCUCCAAAGAUCUUCCAUCAACCAAGUGGGAUAUUCGGAUCGAUGGGGACUCUAAUGAAGAUGCUAAAUGGACCAAAAUACGAUGGAAAAUACCUGCACAAGCUUGUGAAAGGAAUACUAGGUGAUACAAGGUUGCAUCAAGCACUAACUAAUGUGGUUAUUCCCACUUUUGAUAUCAAAAAUCUUCAGCCUGUUCUCUUUUCUUCUUAUAUGGUUCCAAAUUAUAAAGAUGUAGACGCUUUGAUGUCAGACAUAUGCUUAGGCACGUCGGCUGCUCCAACUCUCCUACCAGCGUAUUACUUCGAAAACAAAGAUGAUAAAGGCAAUCUCAGAGAAUUCAACCUCAUUGAUGGAGGUGUUGCUGCCAAUAACCCUACACUAGUUGCAUUAACGGAAGUGGCAAAACAAGUAGUGAGGGAAAACCCGAAUUUCUUCCCGAUUAAGCCCACGGAUCGUGAACGUUUGCUGGUAAUAUCGUUAGGGACCGGAUCCGACAAGUUAGACCGGAAAUACAAUGCUCAAAUCGCAGCAAAGUGGGGUAUAAUUUCAUGGUUAUUUGACAAUGGUUCAACCCCAAUACUUGAUGCUUACAAUCAAUCUAAGGCUGAUAUGAUCGAUUUCCAUAACACUGUCGCUUUUGAAGCUUAUGGCUCCGUUGAUAAUUACCUUUCGGUUGAUGAUGAUAAGUUGAGACGACCCCUUGGAUCUCCGGAUGCAGCAACCAAGAAAAUUUUGGAAAAUCUUGUGAAAAUAGGAAAGGCACUCUUAAAGAAACCUGUUUCAAGGAUUAAUUUUGAUACGGGUAUUUAUCAACCUAUUCCUAAUGGUGGAACCAAUGAAGAGGCCUUGAUAAGGUUUGCAAAACAACUUUCCGACGAAAAGAGAAGGCGGGAACAACCUGAGAUUUGCCGAAAUGAGUGAUACAUUUCACAUUUGUAUUCGCUUAUAUUAUACACCAUUUGUGAUUUAGAUAUAGUAUGAAAAACUAAGGUUAUUAUAUUAUCAAUAGGUUUGUUAGUAUACACUGUCAACAGUCAAUUUCUGUAAUACUUUGUAAAAGACUAAAAGAGUGUACCGGUGUGGAUUAUUAUAGGGGGUGUUAAAUACCGCCAACAAUAUUUAUCAAAACCGCCAACAUUUAAGGUGAAUGGACACCAAUACCCUUACUAUAUUCCCACCUCCAUCUUCCUCUUUCUCUUUUAUUGUUUCUCUCUCAUUAGGGGUGCAAGUCAACCACCACUUCCCAACCACAACAGCGGCUGUACGUCGGAGGUGAAGGGAAGCAGCGGUUGUUUGCCGGAGGUAGAAGGACCGCGGAAGCAAGGAUUGGAGGUGAUUAAAUGGCAUCAUGGUGGUCGGAAAUACCAGUUUGUCAUCUCACUCGAUUUUUUUUAACAAUCUCCGGCAACCAACACAACCGGUCACC